AUGCUGUCAGAGAGGAAAGAGGUACGCCCGCCAAAUCCGAUCAAGAAUCGAAUAUUCCAAGUGGUUUUGUUGCUUGCCGCGUUGGGCGUUGUAGCCGUAAGCAUUGAGAAUGCAAGGGUCGCCUUCUUGUCUGAGAAUGUUGGCAAACAACUUGCCGUAACUCCAAGGGUAAAGAAGCGGCUACCAGACAUGUCUGAAACUGGAGGAGUGGUCAUAUUUUUUCAUGUCGCCAAGACGGGAGGAACCACAAUCAGGAGUAAUGUUGCCCAAAUGCCGGGUGUACGACGUCUUUGGGUCCUCGAUACACCGGCACUCUUCAAAAACUAUACUGUUGAGGCUACAAGUUAUCUCAAAGGCCAGCCAACAGAUCCAACGAAACCUAUCCUAUUUCUCGAAUUCCACGGAUUCCGUAGUAUUGGUAUGAAACCAUUGCACAAUGCUAUUGAAAAAUGGCGGGCUGUUGCGACACAGUACAAUACUUCGCUCUUCACAUUUACUGUCCUGCGUGAGCCAGUUUCGUUCGCCGUUUCAAAUUUCAAUUUCUUUUACGCCGAACCCUGUUCCUUUGGCGAGAAAGGCUGCUUUUGGCCGCUUUGGCCUGCGACGGAAAAAUCGCUGGUGGCCACCGCGAGUCCUAAUCUCCAAUGCCUGCUACUCGUCAAGGACCAUAAUACAAUUUUCAAAAACGCUACACGUCCCGAUGUUAAAAAACGAGAAUGCGUUGACAUCUACGAAAUGAUGCGGCAAGAUAUGGACUGGAUUGGUCGGACCGAAACCUUGUCGACCGAGACGGAACCCCUGUUGGCGCACGUACUUCUGGGCAACGCCAGCAAGGCAGCCGAAAUGCGCGUGUACAACCAUAACUCACUGCCGGCUCAGUUAAAGGCAUCUAAAUUGAGUACUGCGGCAAUACAGUACAUCAGAAAUAUUUCGCAAUUCGACCAAGCUAUGUACGAACGUACGCAGAUGGACUACCCAAUCGAAAUGUGGGAAGAACUUGAACCGCAGAAUGAACUUUUAUCUCCCUUGGAAAAAGCAGCUUGACCAAAAGAAAAUUUUUGCCGAUUCUUGUGACCGCGCAAGAACAGGCAAGGUCGGACGCUUGUUAAAAUAGCUUCAUACAAGAUCGAAUUCUCGGAUAACAAAACACACUGUACCUUGACGAAAGGUUCUUGUAAAAACAAUAGGAGGUUUGUUGUUAUCCUUG